GCAUGCACACGGUUGCUACGUGUGCACCAAGCACUUUGCAGACUGUGGUGGAUCCAGACAGCGGGGGAUGGAGCGGCCCGACGGAGCAAACCUCCUCCUCCCUUUCUCCCUACAGCUCGCUGACCUUGAACCUCCGCUGUACUAGCAGGAACAACAGGGCGACAAAGACCCCCCACCCCUUUUUUUUGCGAGACCCUGAAAUACAACUAGUGAGAAAGAGAAAAGGAAACAGACAACGUGACGUGUUGGACAUCCUCAGGGUGGUCUGAUCAUGAAACUUCUCCUCUCUGUGGGCCCCCCCUCCGGCCUGCUACUGGUUCUGGUGUGCUUCACCCUGCUGGGCCUGGUCCAGUCUGCCGGCAGCAACAAGGCCAGCGAUAACGGACACCCACACCUGGGAGACACCGACCCAGAGCGCUGCAUGAGGCACCAUUUUGUGGAGACCAUCACACACCCCAUUUAUAAGUGCAACUCCAAGAUGGUGUUGCUGGCGCGCUGCGAGGGCCACUGCAGCCACACCACCCGCUCCGACCCCCUCAUCUCCUUCAGCUCGGUGCUCAAGCAGCCCUUCAAGAGCACCUGCUCCUGCUGCCGGCCUCACACCUCCAAGCUGAAGGCGGUCAGGCUGCGCUGUGCCGGCGGGACUCGCAUCACGGCCACUUACAGAUAUAUCCUCGCCUGCAACUGUGAGGAGUGCAGCUGAGCUGGGAGCCGCACCCUGCCACACCCUCGACACUCUCAAGGACCCUCCUGGCCCGGGGCCUUUUGGUUGAUUAUUGGAUCGGCCCAGAGGAAAGCGGCUCAAGAUGCUGUCUCGGGAGUGACCCUCACACAGACCUUAGACUUGACCUGCAUCCUUUGGGACUCAGAACAUACUAUACCCUCUCCAUGAUGUGCUCUCAAUCAGCUCAACCCAUCCGAAGCAAACUUCUCCAGCACACGAGGCCAGACUUCCCAAACUGCUGCUCCCACGGGCCACUCGGAGACCCUCCUCGCUGCGGAGGCGCACCGCACUCAUUACAGGCCUCCGUGAUUCAUAACACACAUGCUCACGAACCGCAGUAUGAGAGCUCAUUACAACGAUCUGUAACAGCUUUCUGUCAGCACCAUAACCCCCCCCCCCCCCCCCAUGCAUUUGACAACACAACAACACGGCUCGUUAAGAAGCAGCAUGGGAAGUGGAUGAGGCUGGACGAGACAUGUGUUGGACCUAUAGAGACGCACCUGCUUAUUCACCCAAUAACAUUUUACACACUCCCUGCAGACUUUUAUCUAGCGGUGUAAAACAUGAGUGAUGCUGACAGGAGGGCUCAUCAGGUGAGCAGUAAAAGAAGCUGCGCUGUGGAUGAAAGAGGAGCGAGCAUGAAGCCCGGGUGGUCGUGUGCACCGUCACAGACGAUCAGUGUUCAUUUUAAACGUAUCCUAUUUGAAUCUUUGUGAUGUUGCUGUCAGCAUUAUUGAAAGUGUAGCUUCUGCCUGUCGUGUAUUGUUACUGAUGUUUUGACUCUCCUGUCAUAACAUUGCUGUGGUUGCUCCGCAUACGUUUCCCUCAUAGUCCACCGGGAUGAAUACCAGAACUUCAGACUCACAUAUGAUUCUCUCGGUGUGUGUGUGUGUGUGUGUGUGUGUGUGUGUGUGUGUGUGUGUGUGUGUGUGUGUGUGUGUGUGUCAGGCUCGAAUAUGUCUAAAACGUCAUUGGCCAUCAGUGCUUGUGGUCAGUUUAUCUAAAUUAAAAAAUGAACAACUCACCAGCUGUGGUUUCUUCUAUCAUAAAACCUCCCCAUCUUCUAACACCACAAACGUUUCAGUGCAUUUAUUUUAAACAGAUUCAUGUUUUUUAUGGGAAAUAAAGGAGCACUGAAAUAAUGAUGUUAUAUCAUUGAACUCCAUCUGUCUUCACAUUACUUAAAGUUCACACAUUCUUACAUCAUUCAUGCAUCCAAUAUUCAAAAAUCUAUACAAUUCUGCAAACAGUU